GGGGAGAACAAGGCUUCUCAGCCUGUAAAGGUCUUUGGAAACAAUCGGGUCAAGCCAGAUUAGAAGGACGGCACUGUCAGGCCCUUGGCCGUCACGUUCUAGCCAAGCGGAAUACGGGGAGCAACCGGUCGGAGGAAGCCUUUGUGUCAGUGGCUCCCUUGGGGUCCUCCCUACCAAGAGCACAGGCUGCACUCAGGUUUCAGACCUGGGCACUGCAGCCUGGACAGGCAAUGGCUUCACUGCUGCCGAGAAGCCAGUAGGUCAUCUCCCCGUGGUGACUGAGUAAGGAUCCAUGGAAGGUAACCAGACUUCAUUGCCUUGUAAAUAACGGCUAUCAAGAGUGAACAGGGCAGCCUGCUGGCUGCUGCCAAGGAUGGGGUGGGGAGAUCUGCCUGGCAAGAGUACACCCUGCGGCCUUCCUCCGGGAGUCACCCUGACAUGCCCCAAACAACCUUUGGGGGCCACAAGAUAAGCUUGUGGACACACCUGGGCAGAGUGCCUGCAAGGAAUUCUGGGAACUGGCAUCAGCAGGGUUAUGAAAGCAGACUUGCCAGGUCCAGCCUUGGCAUCGAAGAGUGGGAGGUAUAUAUUCCAGGCUCAUCCACAACACACCACACCAGCUCCAGCUUCAACCAUGAAGGGCUUCCUUGUCUCCUUCCUCCUCCUGGGCCUCCUGGUCUUCCAAAUGGAGUCCAGUUCUGCCACUUCUGCUACAGCAAAUCAAAGGAGAAGCGAUGACCAUCACCACCAUGAGAAGGGAACACCUGUGGACGAGUUGUCCUUCCCAUCUCCAGCGCCUCCAACAAGCAUCACCUCUGGACCCCCCAAGUACGGUCUGUGCCCAGCCACAUCUUCUGGACUUCCCCACCCCAUCACGGCCUACUGCCUGGAGGACAGGCGCUGCCCAGGGGACGAAAAAUGCUGCCGCGUUGGGAAUGUCAGGAAAUGCAUCCUUCCAGAAGGAGUGCAUCAUGGUUACUGUCCCAGGCAGGAAGAUGGUGCUGUCUACAAGAAGCCCUGUGCAGGAGACCACCAGUGCAGCUGGCAUGAGAAAUGCUGCAAGACAGACCAUCACAAGAAGUGCACCCGAGCUGUGCCAGCUGCCCUCGGCCUUUGCCCCAAGAGGCAUCUUCCAUGGGUCUUCACCCCCUGCACAAACCAGUGCAAAGAUGACCGGUCCUGCCCCCGUGGGAGGAAGUGCUGCUAUGCCGAGUGUGGCCUAAAGUGCGUCACCCCUGAAAGACAUCAUCCAGCAGAGCCUCAGAAACAGGGUCGGGAUCAGGCUGAAGGGCAGAAGGCAGGGAAAGAUGGCAGAGGCACUCCGCCUUCCAAGGAGUCCAUGGAGGUGCGGUGCCACACAGACCGAGACUGUCCCCACCAGAAGAGGUGCUGCGGGGGAGUGUGCAGGCGGGAAUGUCAGCCACAAGGUAGGUCCCAUGCCGACUCAGGGCAGGAGGGCCUCCGAGUGGCCUUGGAGGGGGCAGGAAGAAAGCCGGGAGGACAGCGGGGACUCCCCCUUCCCGGGAAAGCCCAGCAGACCCCAGACAUGGUUAGCCAGAGCUGGCGGGAGCACCGAGCUCUGAAACGCCAGCCACUUGGCGCCCGGAUCCGGCAGUGCUGUUCGGGGAUUCGGUUCCGGCGUGCCAGGCAGCAAAGGAGCAAGCGAGAAGCAGAGCGAGGAAAGCGUUCCAGCAAGGGGCGGUGGGGGGGGAGGGAUGUCACCACCCCACCUGAGUUGACCAAAAUGUAUGGAAAGCAGGAUAAAAGUAUAACAACAACUCCUGAGCCGGCUGAGUUGGAGCCGGAAGGACGGGCAGUUCAGGCCGUGCUGGAUGGCAGCAGAGAUCAAGGCUAUCAGGAAGGAGGGGGUGCGUUGCAGGAGCGGGGAGGGGGCAAGAGGCAGCACAGUCUGCAGGGGGAGCGUGAGAAGAGAAGCAG